AUGAACGGAGUAGAUACGAAUACGCGUGGCAGAUAAAUGCGAAACACAUUUUAAACAGCCCACAAUCGAUGCUGCGCUCACCUGCUUAGUUAGUUCCGCUGAGACCAACGCAGCACCUCAAAACUCAUGUCUUAUGUCAAAACUGUACCUGCCCUUACUCGGGCAGGCGUGGAUAUAAACGUCAGAAGACUGAAUACCCUUUCUUACCGAAGAGCACAGUCCACUGUCGCCUCAACUCAGGCAGACCAGGAUGUCACCAACAGAGAGUCCUACUCUUCAAGGAAAAGCAGAAAUGCUUCCUCCUCUCCAAAGAUCUCUAUCGACUUUGAGCUGACCCAGGAAGCAUACAAGAGUAAAGAUAAUUUAGAACUGCUCAGAAGUUUGGUGGUUUUCAAACUGUGCUCUUAUGACCUGUUGGUUGAUAAGAAUAAGGAGCUGAUGGACAUCAGUAAGUUCCUACUGGGGAAGAAGGCAUUUGAGCAGUUUAUGAAGAUGACAUUCUAUGGUCAGUUUGUGGCGGGAGAGGACCACAAGUCCAUCAAGUCUCUGAUUCAAAAGAACAGGGCCUUCGGAGUGGGCUCUGUCCUGGACUACAGUGUAGAGGAGGACCUCACACAGGAGGAUGCAGUGACUAAAGAGAUGAACUCAUGCGUGUCUGCUACAGAGAAAGAAGGCAUGAGCAUGGACCACAGAGAAAAGCAGUACAAGGCUCACCAACAGUUUGGGGACCGCCGAGGGGGAGUGACCGGCGCCAGGACAUACUUCUACUCUGAUGAGGCCAAAUGUGACCAACACAUGGAGACCUUCCUAAAGUGUAUCAAAGCAUCUGGUGGGAGCUCAGUGGAUGGCUUCUCUGCCAUCAAGAUGACUGCACUGGGACGACCUCAGUUCCUGCUCCAGUUCUCGGAGGUGCUGGUGAAAUGGAGGCGUUUCUUCAGCUUCCUGGCGGCACAGCAGGGGAGAGAUGGCAUGGAGGCUCUGGAGCAGAGGCUAGAGCUGCAGCCACUACAGGAGUUUAUGACCACGCUGGGGGCCACAGGUGACUUCCAUGGCUGGUUCACUGGAGAGAAACAAGGAUCAGGCACCAUUGACAGGCUGGACUGGAACAGCCUGAUCGACGACAGAAUAAAGAUAUCAGAUCUGCUGGUUGUCCCAAAUUUAGAGACUGGUCAGCUGGAGCCCCUGCUCAAUAAGUUCACAGAGGAGGAGGAGAAACAGAUGAAGAGGAUGCUCCAGAGGCUGGACGUACUUGCCAAUCAUGCAGAGGAGCACAGUGUUCGUCUGAUGGUGGAUGCAGAGCAGACCUACUUCCAGCCCGCCAUCAGCAAACUGACUGUGGAGAUGCAGAGGACCUACAAUAGAAGGAAACCUGUCAUCUUCAACACCUACCAGUGCUACCUCAAGGAGGCCUAUGAUAUUGUGACAAUGGAUGUUGAGUUGUCGAGGCGUGAGGGAUGGUUUUUUGGGGCCAAGCUGGUGCGUGGGGCUUAUAUGUACCAGGAGAGGAGCAGAGCGGAGGAGAUCGGAUACGAGGACCCCAUCAACCCUGACUAUGAGACCACUAACAUGAUGUACCACAAGUGUCUAGACUACGUCCUCGAUGAGAUUGGACUGAACAGAAAUGCCAAUGUCAUGGUUGCUUCUCACAAUGAGGACACAGUGAAGCACACCCUCAGGAGGAUGAAUGAGUUGGGCCUGACUCCCACGGAGAACAAGGUGUAUUUUGGACAGCUGCUGGGCAUGUGUGACCAAAUCAGCUUCCCAUUGGGCCAGGCAGGUUUCCCUGUCUAUAAAUAUGUUCCAUACGGGCCGGUGAAUGAGGUGAUACCGUACCUAUCCCGUCGUGCCCAGGAGAACAGGGGCUUCAUGAAGGGUUCCCAGAGGGAGAGGGAGCUGCUGUGGAAGGAGCUAAAACGCAGGCUGACCUCAGGACAGGUCUUCUACAGACCUCAGCCUGAACCGGGACUAUGAAAUCACAGCUAGCUAACUGUCUGUCCAUGCUGCUUAAUCUCUUCCUAGUGCGCUCUCUUUCUGUCUCCUCCCUCUCUUUGUCAUGGUCUCUGUCUUAUUCUUAUCGAUUACCCCUCUCUCUGUUAAUCUCUCCCCCUUCCCCCUAGCCAUCUUUCUCCCUCUCUCUCUCCCCCACUUCCCUUUCUUCCUCUCUCUGUAAGCAUUCCUCUUGGUGUCCUCAGCAUCCUCAGAGCGCUGCAUACAUCAUAUGGGCAUCUUUACUACUCUAACAGGACUCCCUAAAAUGUCAGGCUGGCCCGGUCUGCCCGUCACUCGCUGCUUUUUAUAGCUCUAUUUAUCCCGGAGAGGGACAACAGUAAUAAAAACACAGCAGGCUUGAUUUAAA